CUCGCCCGCAAGCCAUUCGGAACAACGCCAGAUUUUUUAUCAAACUCAUAAUCAUUUGCGAUUAACGCGCAACUCAUCCGCUCUCUCGGCCACAGAAAGCCCGCAACUAGUCCACCGCUUAUUAAGUUGUGCUGGUCUUGAACGCCUUUGUCGGCAAUGGAGUCAAUGAUGGGGUUAUCUGAAUUUCUAAGCCGGUGUAACGAUGAAAGCUCAUGAGUAUAAAGGGAGGCAUGUGGCUGUCUGAUACAAGAGAAGAUAAUCAUUCCCAAAAAGCACAGCAAGCAGUGCCCAUACCGCAUUCCUUUACACAUAUUUGGCUCCAAAUCUAAAACCAUGGCUGUUAGUCUCUCACUCAACUUUCCUCCCAUCAAGACCUUGCAUAGAGAGUCUUACCCAGCAAUUUCCCCUCUCGAACCCGAAAACAAUCAAGCGGGCAAAACAGUCCUCGUCACCGGCGGCGCAGGUGGCAUCGGGUUUGCUAUCGCGACGGCCUUUGUCCAGGCCUCGUCCUCGCAUGUCAUUAUCGUUAGUCGGCGCCAAGGAUUCCUCCAAGACGGCGUCAAGCGACUUGAAGCUGAGGCUCGGACUGCGAGGACCAACACCAAAAUCAGCGGCUACUCCUCAGAUGUUUCGAGCCUGGAAGCAAGCGAGAAGCUGUGGGCUGAAUUGAAGGAGGAUGGGAUUGUCGUGGAUGUCUUGGUGCUCAACGCCGUAGCUCUGGGCCCUGGCGGGACACUGGUGGAAGCCAACUUGGAACUAGUAUGGAAGGCAUAUGAGGUCAACGUUCGCUCGCUUCUGGACCAUACCCAGCGAUUUGAUAACCAGGAAGGUAAAAGGCAAAAGUAUCUGGUCAGUGUCUCUUCCUCCAUGGUGCAUAACCUGGACAAUGAAAACCCCUUCUUGUCCACGUACGGGGCAACGAAAACUGCCGGCCAAGUUUUGUUUCAGCAAAUUGCCAGGGAUGUAGACCCAGCAAGGCUGCAGAUGAUCAGCUUUCACCCCGGUGCCAUCUACUCAGAUGGGGCCCGAGAAGGUGGCGUCACCAAGGACAUGAUCGAUGUGUGGGAUGAUGGUAUGUUCUGUCUCUCCAGGUCUUGGAUUAAUGAGGGGGUCGAGGCUAACUUGGCAACAGCGGCGUUACCUGGUAACUUUGCCGUGUGGGCGGCCACACCCGCGGCCAAGUUCCUGCAUGGCCGAUUGCUGGCAGCCUGGUGGGAUGUAAAUGAGCUGAAGCACGAUGCGCUUCAGGAAAAGCUCAAUUCUGACUGGCACCUGCUAAGAGUUGGUGUGAAAGGACUCUGAGACCUGGAUGGUGGCACAGGCCUGUUCGGUGUGUUUGUUCAUGUCAGAAAGGUGGUCUGCGGGCUUCGGAGGAACUCUUGUUGUUGAAAUUGAAUCAUAUGACUAGAGAGAGUUAGUCUGACCUGCUCGAGACGGUUUGCGUUUAAUAAAUGGCCUGAAGUCCUUUGCUUCCAUAUCGAUAUUCUCAUUUGUUCC